CAAAUUGAAGACAUUAGUUUUCCAAAUCUCAAAAUUGAAGUUAAACAUUAGUUUUCCGUCUGCGAUGUUUAUCCCUGACGAUCUCAUCGGCGAGAUCUUCUCCGGUCUUCCCGUGAAAUCUAUUCUACGGUUCAGACACGUUAGUAAGUAUUGCGGUAACCUCGUUUCCGAUCCCGAUUUUGUAAAAUUUCAUCUCAAGAGAUCAUCAAAACGAAAUCCGCAAUUCAUACUAAAGACUGAUCACACCAUCAAAAUCCUAUGCGAUUCCAAUGUCUCGCAGGUGGAUGAAGGUUUCAUUCCCUACUCCGUCUGCACUUUAAUCCAGAAUCCCUCUUUCUCUAUUCAAGUCGAUCCUUACUUCACGGUGAAAAACUAUGAAUACCGUUUCAUUGGUUCCUGCAACGGAUUCAUCUGUUUUGUUGGUGAAAAUCUCACUAGCGACUACUAUAACUUCUGGCUCCAAUUAUGGAACCCAGCCACCCGGACAAAAUCUCAAAAAUUAGGGUUCAUACGCGUAUUUCACCAUCAUCCCAAUGAUGGUUAUUACAAAUUCAACUUUGGUUAUGAUAAUUCUACCGGAACUUAUAAGGCUGUGGCCUUACGUUACAAUCAACGGGAACUGAGAAGCAAUGUCAGAAUUCUAAGUUUGGGUGAUAAUGUUUGGAGAGAUAUUGGAAGUUUCCCUGUUGAUCCUAUGUAUUUGAACUCAGCUUAUCAAACUUGUGAUGUUGGUGUGUAUUUCAAAAGCACUAUUAACUGGCUGGCCAUUCAAAAUCAUUUUUGGUACGAUUCUAACGAUAUUAAUGAUAUUAGUGUUGAACAAUUUGUUAUUGUUUCGCUUGAUUUAAGGACUGAGACUUACAAUCAAUAUUUAUUGCCUCCUGAUUUUGAUGAGGUGCCUCCUAUAGCUCCUAUCGUUAGUGUGUUGGGGGAUUGUCUUUGUUUUUCUUAUUGUUACGAGGAAACUGAUUUUGUUAUAUGGAAGAUGGAGGAAUUUGGAGUUGAAGAUUCUUGGACUCAAUUCCUUAAAAUUAGUUAUCGCAGUCUUCAAAUUGAUUAUGACUAUAGUGACGAAGAUACAAAGUAUAAUUUUGAAUUGGUUCCGCUAUUUCUUUCAAAAGACGCUGAUACACUGGUACUUAAAAGCAGUCAUGAAUACCAAGAAAUUCUCUAUAAUUGGAGAAAUAGUAGAGUAGUGCGAACAAAUAUUACUGCAAGAAAAAAGAUUACGGAUGAUAGAACCAUCGAUUUUGUGUCGUGCUCGGCCAAUGCCUAUUUUGAAAGCUUACUUUCAGUUAUUUGAGUGACUGCAGAGAGCUCAUACACUAGCAUGGGGGAUGAUUUUGUCAUUCAUAUCAGAAGGAAGCUGAAUCUGAUCGACACAACCUUUAGGAUAUGGGUACCAAAUAUAUUUUCAAGUUUCAACAACUUUAGCAUCUCUUUUCAGGCACUUUUGUUAGCAUCAAAUUUUAUAAUUUCAGAACUAUGUACAGGGUUUAUGUCUGACUGUGUUAUCAAAUAACUAACUUAUACUACAAACCAUGUUCAUGCUAAUAGAUAUAAACACUUAGAGUUUGUUCUUUGUUAAAUUGAGUUCAUGUGAUUCUCCUCUACUAUAGUAAUACUAACUGAGUGAAUGUCAAUGGAAACUGAAUGAGAAUUCGAUUACUAUGUUUCUUCUUCCCUUUCUGAAGGUUGGGUUUUAAGAAACUUUCAGUGAAGUCUGAUUAUAGUAGUGUAAGAUAACAAUGAUGCAUGAGCGGCGGUAUAAUACAUUUCCCUUUGCACAACUAAAAUCAUAAUCGAUAGCCUUAGAUAAACAAAGUGACAAAAGAUAACGGUACUUGACAAUUGGUCUAUGUGGAUUCAACAUUUUUUAUAUUACUACAAUAUUUCUAUAUAUUUGCGGACCUAUCAGGGUGUUACAUCUAGCGCCAUGUCCUCUAGUGACGAUUCUUACCUUGUGACUAUGUGUCGCACUAAAGUAGAAUUCAUGACACACUUGUAAAUUCCAUCUCUAUAACUUUGCUUAGGCGUUGGAGCGUUAAUAUUGUAAUACACCUUAUACAAACGCUGAAGCCAUCCUCUGUCAUUUUGAAGAGCUAUCUUAAUGAUCUUCACCAAUUUACCAUCUAUUUU